CCUCCUACGUCAUCAGCCCCCUCCUGCCUCGUGCCGCCCCGGGUUCUGUUGGGUUAUCAGUGGGACAGAUCCCGCGGUAUUUUGCAGCUCAUAAAAAAAGCUGUCAACAUUCGGGUUGAGUUUUGUCCUGUUUCAAGUUGCUGUCUGACUCCGUGGACGCCGGAGUUUGGUUCCGUGACCCCUGUCACGGCCGUGCCUGAGCGUCCCCGGCUGAUCUCGCUCUUUGUCACGCUCUGAAGUGAAUGGCCCAGACGGACAGAGAUGAGCUGGGCUGAGGAGGACUGGACGGUGGGCCUCUCUGGGAGGGUCCUGCAGAAAGUGAAGGAGCUGCAGGUGUUAAAGGAGCGACUGUCCAGAGAGAACAAGCAGAAGCAGCUGCAGCUGGACAACAUUCAUACCAGCCUUGAAAAACAAACAGCGAAGUAUGAGGCGGUCCGUGGGGAGCUGCAGUUUGUUCAGAGAGAUCUGCAAAGCGUUCGGGAGGAGGCCGAGGCGGCCGUGACCGGCAAAGAGCGCCUCGCCCAGGAACUUCACACCAAGCAGGCCCAGGUCUGCUCUCUGGAGGGGCAGCUCGACGCGGCUCGCAACCAAAACAUCCACCUCAGCCAAGAAAUCAAGAGAUUGGAAGCUGAGCUGGAAAAGCUGCAGAACAGCAGCCGGCGCUCAGACACCACUCUGUUUUCCACACCCUGCUGGACUGGAUCCUCACCCUGGGAACACAAUGGGAGCAGACAGGAAGACAGAUCCGGGCAGCGGGAUGAAGGACAGAGCCGGGGUCAUCACAUCAGACAGCGGCUCCAGUUUUCAGAAGCGUCUGCACCUUCGCCGCCUCGACAGCAGCACAAGAGCACACCGCUCCGCCACCCAUCUGACCAGUCCGAUGUCUUUUCCACACCUUCGGCUGUGUUUCCAUGGGAACGAGAUGACUCUGGACCUGCAUCCAGAAGACGACCUGCGUCUUCUCCUCAGGCGCCGAGCCCUGAGGUCCUGAAUCAAGGCCGAUUGGACCGGAGUUCUGAAGAAAAGGUCCACAAGACGAAAACGGACAUAUCUUCAUCAGAGCUGCAGAGUCGUCUCUCGGCUCUGGAGGACCAGCUGUCUGAGAAGGUCGGGAAUCUGAAGACGGUCCAGAAUGAAAUGGGGCUGAUGAAGAAGGAGCUCGCUGCUAAAGAGCUGGACCUGCGGAAAACCCAGGAGGAGCUCAACAUGGCGCACACACGGAUGGCUCAGGACAAAGAACGGGUAUCAGAAGCCGAGCACAAGCUGAAGCAGCUUCAAGAGGAGCUCAAGUGCCAGAGGCAAAAUGCAGAGAGCAGUCGGCUUCAGCACCAGCAGCGCACCAAGGAGCUGGAGAAAGUGCAUCAGAAGGAUUUGGCGGAGCUGCAGAAGGAGAGGCAGUGUGUGGAGAAGCAGCACCAGCAGGAGGUGAAUAAGCUGAACCAGGAGCUGCAGCAGGCCAGGUCGCUCCACAACGCUCUGCAGGCCCAGGCUGACAAGCUGACUCUGCAGAAGCAGGCGUUGGACAAAGAGCUGGACUCUCUGAAGGAGAAGCUGAAGUGGACGGAGGAGCAGCUGAAGGAGAGCCAGAAGAAAGAGACUCAGACACAAGCCAAGCUGACGGAAGCCGUACGUGAGGCGGAGGGUGUGGCGGUAACCCUGGAGCAAAGCAGGAAGAGAGAGCGAGCUCUGGAGGAGGAGGGGAGGAAACUGCAGGAGGAGCAAGCUGACACCCUGCGUCUCCUCAAAGAACUGCAGGAACAAAAAGCUCCUGCAGCAUCGACUCAGCCUGCUCCGUUUGGCCCCGUUGGACAGAGUUUUUCCUCUCUGUCUCGAGCCGCAGCCCACAGCAGGAGGACCGCAGCUUCCCAGUCAGAGCAGAACAGGGAUGGGAGCAGGGCGGAGGUCACAGCAGCGUGUCCUUCUGCCAGAGAGCCAGGGGAGGGAAUCGACGCCGAGCAGAUCAGCAUCACAAACUCUGAGCGUCAACAGAAAGUGGGACAAAGAGAAGAAGGUGAUAAAGACAGAGAGAGCAAGAGAAACACUGCAGCCGUCGACAGAGCAGCAACUGCUGAACACCCAGCUGCGACAGGAGGUCUGAAGAUCAAACAUGCACAACUUCCUAAAUCUGAUGAACCCGCUUCAUCUCAGGACCUCAAGAGGGAGAACGACGGCCUCCGCUCGGAGCUCCGCGACGUCCGUGAAGAACUCCAGAGAAGGCUGGAGGACCUGGAGGCCCAGCGGCGGGCCGAGACGGAAGCGAGGACGCGCCUCAAACAGCUCAGCCGCAAGCACUCCACCCAGGCGGCAGAGAGGGAGGAGAGGGAGAAGGACCUGAAGGUAAAGCUGGAGAAUGAGAAGGCUGAGACGGAAAGGCUGAAGAGGAGCAUUGCUGCUUUGGAGGCAGAGAUGAAGAGAAGCAGAGAGGAGGCAGAGAAGGAGGAGAAGCAGGAAGAGGAGACGAGUACCACUCAAAACGACAGAGAGAGUGAGCUUAUCGAGCUGAACAUCCAGCUGAAAAAUCAGCUGGCAAUGGUGAAAGCUCAGCUGGCUUUGGAACGAGAGGAACGAAAGACGGAGGAAGAGGAGAGAAACCAAAGGAUGAACACAGAUUCUGAUUCGAACACAGAGCUGAGCUUGAAGCUCGCAGAGAUCAUGGCUGAGGUCAAGGAGCUGAAGCACAGAAGAGAAGAAGACUCAGUGGAAGAUGAGAAGCUUUCCACCUCCAGUAGCCCCCCACCCAGCCUUCCUGACGACGAACUCACCUCCAACACCGGUUGCUCUGACAACAGUCUCCUCUCCUCCCCAGAGGAGCACCUGAUCUUCUGCGAGUCUACCAACCAACGCAAUGCUCUCCUGUCCACAGAAACUGAAGACAUUCUCCGUCUCAGCGGUCAAACAACCAAAGAAACCUCCGAUCAGAUCAAGCUUUCAUCAUCAGACUUGCAGUUGGAUCAACCCCUGACCUCUGACCUCACUAAGGUGGUGGAGGUCCUGCAGAAAAAGUGUGCAAAGGAGUCAGAACGGGCCAAAAAGUACAGAGAUAAAUUUGAGGCCCUGCAGAUCCAGGUAACGCGUCAGACCAAAGAGCUGACCACUGCCUUCGAGAAGCAGAGUCGGCACAUCUUAGGCCUUCUUGCUGAGCUACAGGAGAAAGAGAGCGCCCUCGUGAGCCAGGGAGAGGAAUUGAAGCAAUGCAAGCAAGAGUUGAACAAACUAAAGCAGGAAGAAACAAAUGUGGCAACACUGACAGCUGACGGAGAGACUGAAGAGAGAAAGAGAGAUGAAGAGCUUACAGAGAAAUCAGAACUUAUACAAGAAGAAAAGGCUGCUGCUCCUCUUCCCUCUUCAGACUUAAAUAUUCAAAAAGAAACAAUUCAGCCCAACGUUGAGGAAUGUGAAGCUGAAAUGCCUCCACCUGUUGGUGGUGAAGGUGAAAGUGCAGCUGUAACUUCUGGAGAGAGGUCUGCAGUCGGUCCAUGUGACUCUGUUGGUGAGGAGGAAGAGAUUCAGCUCAGUCAACAUGGAGAGAGAGUCGACACGUUAGCAGAACUUCAUGUUGUCAGGCAGGAAAAGCAGCUGCUGCAGCAGAGAGUCGGGGAUUUGGACACCAUGGACACCAGAGACCAAACUUCACAGACUGACAGCGAGAAUCAGAACAACACAGAAAACACGGCCUGCUUGGCAGGAGAAGAUCUGCUCAAGAAAGAGGCAGCGACAGACCAGCAGCUGCUAAUAAAUCUGAAGAGGAGUGAUGAUGAAGGUCAAGAUUUGGAAGGAGAAAACACAAGCAGCAUGAGUGGUGAACGAAAUGCAGAGGACAUGACUGAGAUUCAGAUAAACCGCCUGCAGGAAGAGGUGGAGGCGCUGCAGAGACGAGUCAGGACUCUCACUGAGGAGACCGAGGUCCAGGCCCAGGAGCUCGCCGUAUGGAGACUGGCGUCCCAGCCCGCCUCUGCAGUCCAACACUUACUCACCAACGCAGACGAUGAGAGCGAAACGCUGCGGCGGAUUCCUGCUGCCAGUCGGCCUGAACCCACAGAAGAGCCGACCAAACGCCUCGCUCAGACCGGCCACAGCCAGGUCCAGAAGAACCCGGACGUCGUCACGGUCAUCAGGGAGGAUGAAGUAUCGCUCUGCUGCUCCUCUAGAAAGCUGCAGGGUCGCCUGCUGUUCUCCAGACUUCAGAACAGCAGCCUUCCAGAACCAAAGAGCCUCCGUUCGCCUAAGAAGUCUCUUCAGGAACAGAGCUGGAGCGGUGCAGAGUUUGACCCGGAAUCUGAAAAAGAAAACCAGGAGAUAAACCUGCGUUGGUCAGAAAGUUAUCCAGAACAAAACAAAUUGAAGAAAGAUGCUAAACCCAUCCAAGUGUCAUCGCAGAAGAUUGCUCAACACCAUGGAGCCAAAGAUCUCAGCAUCUCAGGAUCAAGUCCAAGCAAAGUGCAACAUUUCUACACAGAAACUCAACAGACCAAACUGGACGCCUUCAGAGGAGCCGGUGACUUUGAAAUACCCAUUCAUCCCAGCGACAGUACUAUGAAGGUGGAGGCUGUGAGUGUCGGCAGUCAAACUGAGGGCAGUUUGCUUCCUUAUGGAGUUUCUAAGGCGUCUGCAGCCACUCAGACCGAGCAGGACUUCAGUGAUGAGGAAGAGUCAGUCGAAUCUCCUCCUGUUUCUCCCGUUUCUUCAGCGGAGAAGACGGGAGCAGGGGACAAAAUGUUGCUCUCAGGUUCUUUUCCCAUCCCGGCCGAUCCGGCUCGUCUCGCUGAAAGGAUCCGCCGCAACAGGACGCAGCUGUCGGCCGCCUUCGAUGACACGGAGUACGAGCCGUACGGCCUGCCAGAGGUGGUCAUGAAAGGUUUUGCUGACAUCCCCACCGGCCCGUCGUGCCCUUACAUUGUAAGAAGAGGUUUGUUAGGAACAGUUCAACCUUUGUCAAAGAAAGAACCACAAGAAGACGAGGAGACGGAUUAAAGCAAAGCAUCAGGUAACUGGGCCUGACAAGCUGCACUCGUCCACCUCGGUUCUGAACGGCUUUAAUUUCCCAAGUUCACCCUGAAGUCUCUGUGCAGAGCCUCUGCCGCUAAUCCACACCCACCUGUGUAAUCAGACUGUAGGUUUGGGAUUUAGUGACGUUUGUUUCUGUUCUUGAACCUCUCUUCCAAAAGGAUUGUUUUGUUUUCUUCUCACUCCUGCGUCGCGGGGCUUCAGCUUACCUUAGUGCCUCGUCGACGUUUUUCUAAACCUGUCCAGAUAAGUUUGACUUGUUUUCCAAGAGGGUCGAUCCAGUAGUCAGAACGCGUUUUGAAUUUUCCCGUUUUGACUCAGUAAGCUUUUUUUAAUUUAUGGAUACUUGAAUGUGUUUUAUUAGUGGGUGUGAGGGAUGAACGUUUACAGAAGUGUGUGUGAAAAACAUUAGCUGUGAAAAUUAACGUGCGUCCUCAUCUUGAUGUCACUGUUUGUAUAUAAGUGUGUGCGUGCGUGUGUGUUGGGUGAGCACACAUCUAUGAGUCAGUGUAACCUGUGCUGGUUUCCGCUCCAUGUAUGGAGAUGCACACUGAGCUCCUUCCCUUCUGUCCUGCAAUGCUUCCCCGUCCUACACUAACAAACUAACACUAGCUGGCUUUAAAGCCACUUUAAAUUAAAUUAAAAAAUAACUGAAGUUUAAUUUUGUGGGAUCCUGCAGAGUCUGGAAAGAUAUGGGAAAACAUCUGGUCUUCCUGCUUGUGGAAUGUGAAACUAGAAAGAUCUUUUUGGUUUUCUACAGCAUAAAAACUCACAAUAUCUGUUCCUGUUUCUCUGUUACCUAGAAGUGGGAACACAAUUUUACAGAGUGAACAUAAACAUCACAUUUUAUUGAGGGAAACCUCAGUGAUGUCAUUAGGAAUUAUGAACUGAAUGAUCCACAUGGAUACAGCGAUCAUUUCCCUCUGAACUUUUCCCAGUUUUUCUCGUUACAAGCACAAGCAUUUUUGAAAAAAGUUACCUGAUCAAAGCUCGUUCUUCCACAUGAUUUUCUGUCUGUUGUGUUGCUUAUGUGGAACUUUAAACCCGGGGUAAUUUGUGGCGCUUGAUCUGAUUUUGUGCACCACCUAUAUGAUAAAAAUAAGGCCACCAGUGCAGGUGAUUGAUGCAGACAGAGAUUUUAUUUUUUUUUUCAAUUAGGACAAUAAAUGACCCAGAUUAUGUUUUUAUAGCUUAUAGUUUAUAGCCGAGUCUUUUUUGGUUUUGUUCGGUUGACCCCAAAAUAAAUUACUGAAGUAGCUCUAUUUUAUUUUAAGGUUUCAGAAUAAAAAGAUUAAAUAUGAAUGCAAACACAAUUGUACAAAAGAAGAAAUAAGAAAACCAUCUCAGAUGUAUUGUUUUCUGUUGCCUUGCAGCAAAAAUGUUCAAAUUCCAGACUGGAGUGUUUUUGUUUUUUACAUGCCGCUUCUUGAAUGGGUUUUUGCAUUUUCUCCGACUUCCUCCCACGUGAUGGGCAGGCGACCAAUGGCUGCUGGAGGCCCUGCAGGAAUAAGUGGGUAUAGACAAAGGAUGGAUUGUUUUCCUUCCACUUAACGAUUACGUUCUACUUGCGUCUAAGUCAUAAAAUCCCAAUAAAUUCCUCCGAUGUUUGUGGUUGUAACAGGAAAAUGAGAAGAAUACUAUAAUGCAGGGUUAUCUUGUUACCACAAGUCAUAGUCUUUGAAGGACAUGUAAAGAAAAACCCACUAUCAUAUAAGCACUUACUGUGAAUUAUCUGUAAUUGGACUUUACUAAGUUUCCAAGAUAAUAAAAUGGGUUUUUGAAGCAAAAAAUAUGAUGAAAUCAGUUAUUUCAGUCUGACAGCUACCUGCAGACUUAGAGACAUUUGGAUACAAGCCAUGUUGACACCUCAGUAGCUUUUAGUGCAGAAUAAAACAGUGAAGCCUUCGUGCAGAUUUUUCUUUUAAAUUGUUUCCUAUCUGGACAAAUGUUUCAGAGUAAACUUAUUGUUUUCACCUCAGUGUUGGAUAUAAGGGGCUGGAAAUCAGCAACCAUGAUGCUAAUCAAUCUAUUCAAUUGAACUCAUUUAUACACGAUGCCGGUUUAAUACAGAGAUUAUCUCAAACCUAAAACUGACAUAAUUCAUGUCUAAAUAUAUUGAAUCCAGUUGGCUGUAAAUCAGAUUUAUUCCAGUUAUUAAUCAAGUUGAUAUCAAACAUGCUGAUUUAAUCUUGACAACACAAUCAGACUCAGAUGAUCACAUAAUGCCGAUUGGUGGCCUUCUCGUGUCCAGUGAGCAUAUGGCGACAGUGGAGAGAAACAGUCAGUGCUGGACUUCUUUAAUAUUUUUGUUACAAAACAAAUAAAAUGAAUUUUUUUUUUUUCUUCUAACUAGAUGGAUCUUUUUGAGGUUAUUAAACCUUAUGAGUCCGGUAGGAAAUAUGACUUUUAAUCGAGUUGAGCUCUGGUUUACUUUGAGCCAAGAUCAUCUGGUUUAAAUCAGAUUUAUUCCAGUUAUUAAUCAAGUUGAGAUCAAACAUUAUGAUGUGGGAGUAACUUGUUACGCUUUCUGUACAAAUCUAGUUACAUUUUGAAUCACAAAUAACAAUGAAAAUGUGCACAUUAAUGAGCAUUUUCUGUGUGGUUUCCCCAUGUUAAGUGUCAUGCCUUUCUGUCAUCUUGUGAAAUGUUCUGAUAAAGGGAAACAAAACAAUGUUACUGUUGGGUUUUUUUAUUAAAAAGGAUCAACUUUGUCUGAAGAUAAAGCAAGUAUUUCUGGAUAUUUCAGACAGAACUAAAAAGCCUUCGUAGAUAAACUCCAGUGAUGAUGCAGGCUCCUCCGUCCUGCUGAACGCAGAUAAAAACUGUUUGAUUUGCUUUGAUUAGGCCACUUCUCAUCAACUUGAACAUGCUUUAGACUGUUUUUAUUAAGAUCUGGUAGUCUAGAAUAUUUGACAUGAACUUGAAUUGUUUGAAUGUGCAUACGAGUGCUUUAGUUGUGUUUUGAGGUGGAGUUAGCAAAUUUUAGUUAUACAUUUUAGAACUGUUUUUUUUUAUUUCAUGUUUUCUGCCUUAUUUUCUUAUUUAAAUGCUGCCGUUCUCUCCUGGCAUUACCUGUCGACUCCACCGGAGCUGUUCAGCCUUCAUCCUUAGUCUGAUUGUGAGCAGGGAAACUGAGUCUGUUACCUUCCUUCAAUCUGGAUGUGUCUGUUUUUUUUUUUGUUUUUUUUUUCAAUUACAAUAAAACUUUUGCUCCUGUU